GGGACACGCACACGGACGCACACGGGGACGGACAUAGAAUCAUACAGACUCAAAAAACGUACAUACAGACUUAGGAAAACACACACAGACGCACACAGACUUAAAUACAUACACAGAAACGAAGAAAAACACACACAGACAUAAAAUUCAUCACACACACAGACAUACACUCAUACACACACGUACACAGACAGACACAGACUCAAAAAACAGACACACAAGAGACACAGAUACAUACACUCAUUCGCACACACAAACAAACAUUCACACACAAAAAACGUACACAGGCCCAAAAACGCACACACACAGACUUAAUAUAACAGACACAGACUUACACAGACUUAUCACCUGAAGAAGAGACGAAACAGCAAGGAUAUUUUUCUUAAUUACUUUACCUGUGGAUCAUCAAAGGUGAAAUCAAGAAAAAGUAGAAGAAGUAGAAGAAAAAUAGAAGAAGAAAGUGAAGAAAACGAAGAUAAAAAGUGACCAAUGGUGCGACACGUAAUGGUGGUGAUGGAGGUGAUGAUGGUGCUGAUGGUGGUGGUCAUAAUGGUGGGGGUGGAGGGGGUGGCCACGCCCCUCCGAGCCCCCGUCACUGGCUACGUGGGAGUCUCCUCUGACAGGCAGACGGUGCUGGUUGACCUCUCCAAGCCGCCCCCCCAACCCAAGUCCCCUUCCAUACCCCUCCCCCACUCACACACACCCUCCACUAACCUCCCCCGCUCUAAACCCCCCUCCACUCUCCUUCCCCGGCCCUCCACCCCCUCCAAUAUGCCCCUGCCCUCCCAGCCCCCCGCCAACACCUCCACGCCCCCAGCCUCCCCAGGAGUAUCAGAGGGCCCCGGUAAGGUUCAAUCCCCCCAGACUGCUCGGCUAAGGGGGGGCAGAUACCCCCUCCAGCGACUCCGCCAGCAGAGGAGGGACGGGAAGGGGGAGUGGCGGAGGCGUGGUGCCGGGGCGGUGAUGGGGGACAGGAGGAUGCGGCCGAGUGGGGGGCGGAAGGGGAGCACGACGUCAGGGAGGAGGAGGUACCUGGCAGGGGCGCGGCGAAGGGUGGGGCAGGGCAAGGACCCCCUGCAGCACCUCCAGCACCGCUUCGCCGUGCCGCACGCCCCACCCACAGGCAAACGCGACGACUUCCUGUCCCGCUGGCACGACACCUACAGCGGCAGCCACCAACGGCCCCUCGCCGCCCCCGCCGCCGCCGGCACCACCGCUGUCCUGGUGCCCUCCUCCACAGGCCCCACAUUCACCCAGCCCCCCACGCCCCCCACGCCUGCCUCCGUGCCCCCCGCCGCGGCAGCCUCAGUGCAUGACAUGACCAGCCGCCACUUCAAUGCCGCCAACACCACCACCUCAAACACAACCACCACCAACAACAACUCCUCUACCACCAAGCCCCAUGUGAUUCGUGCCGGCGGCCAGCGGCCUCCCAGCCUCUCUUUGGUGUCCUCCACCCACCGCCCCGUCCCCACCAGCACCCCGCCCCAGCUCGCCGCCCCCCAGACUCCUCCACGGGGCACGGACAUCCUGGGUUCCGUGCAGAGCAUCGUGAGGGCCGCCUCGGGGGACGAGCAUCGCCUCGCCGCCACCAAGACCGUCGGCAACGCCUCGCCGCCGCCCCUCGAUGUGUUCGCCGGCGUGCCCGCCGCGGCAGGCUUUGUGCCUAGCGCGCGUCUGGAGCCCGUGCUGCAGAGUGUGCCCCGCUUGGCCUCCCCACCCCCCACCCCCACCCUGGCGCCCCGCAACGAGCUCCGCCCCUCUUCCGCCGCCCCCGCCGCCCUGCAGCCCCAAGGCCUCACCACCGGCCACUACCUGGUGGCUGUAGGCCGCCCGGUGCCCCCGGAGGUCCGGGACGGAGGCCUCGUGCUGCCAGGCGACGGGGACGUGGUGGUGGGGCGCCCAGCGGCACACAUCCAGGCCCCACAGCACGCCUCGCCCCACACCCCGCCCACACGCCCCGCGGGGCAUGCGCCAGACCCCGGGGACGCUCACAUGGAUGACCACAGCCGCGUCACCACCCAUGGCCCCAUCCACAGCCCCACCCACAGCACCACCCACACCCCUGCCCACGCCCUCUCCUUCACUUCACUCCACAGGGCUGACUACACCUCCGGCUCUGACCCCGCUCUCAGCCCCGCCCCUGCCCCCAGCCCCGCCCAUGUGCUGACCCAGCUGCCGGGGCCGCAGCAGGUGGUGCUGGGCUCCGUGGCGCCGUGGACCCCCGAGGAGGUGCGUCCGCUCCUCGCCUUCAUCAGACGCAAGUACGGCGAGGCGGUGACGCACGUGCCGCCCUCCGUCACCAGCCUGCAGGCACUCAUCAGUUCCGGCCGCGUGCCCGAGGUGUUCCACGGCCCGAAGGUGCUGGACGGCCUCAAGACCACCACGGCCGCCGCCACGCCGCUGUAUCGCCCAAUGACGCUGCGGCGGCGGCAGGGCGAGGCGUGGCGCGGCGAGGUGGCGGUCAGGAAGUCGCAGGAGGCGUUGGGGGUGAGCAGCGGCGGACGCUUCGUGGCGCUGUCAAGCCUGGCGCUGCUCAUGGCCUUCUGCGGCUACCUCAUUUUCGCCAGCAGCCCGGAGAAGGUCACGCAGCCCAGGGGCGCCACGGGGGUACUGGUGACGGCCGUGGAGGAGGCGAAGAAGGGGCUGAACCUCCUCCUGCAGGAUUUGGAUGAGUAUGAAGACCACCUAAGGAACAUGGAGGAGAAGGAGAAGGAGGAGGAGAAAAAUGGGAACGAAAUCUUGCCACAGAAGACCAAGAACGAAGAAAAGAAGGAGGAAGGGCAGAAGGGAGGGCUAAUUAAAGACAUUCCGAGCAUCCUGACGAAGAUCUGGGACGUGGUGGUGCCCCCGGAGGUCCGUGGCCCAAACAGUGUCUUCAGCUACUUCUCCAGCGGCCUCGGUUUCGCCAACUCAUCCCGGACAAGCAAGCGUCUCACCGUUUUCCUCAAGCCGUACCAGCCGAGUCUCCCCUCCCUCAGCGACCUGAAAGAAAACGGGAUAAAGUUUAUGAACCAAGUCACGGAAAACGGGGCCGAGUUGCUUAUCAAGAGCGUUAGAGAUAAAGGGUUCGAUCUCAUUCAAGUGAACGGAUCCGAGUCUACUGACAACGGCACAUCGGUUCUCACGAGGGAUAGAGUGUCCUCGGUGAUACAUUCGUUCCUGGAUUCACUUAACGUCCAACCCGUCACAGAUUUCGUCUCCCGCCUAGUGGAACCUUUUGAGCCAACAUCGGGUCUCACAAGUCAAGGCAACGAGACGGAAAAAGUGAACCAAGGGACCAAAAACGAACUGAACCAAGAACCGGAGGACAUUACGACCACGAUGAACUUAAACCAAGACCAAGAGAAUAAGAAGAACAACGAUCUCGAAAAGGAAGACAAGAAUAUGAAAGAAAACAAGGAGGAGGAGGAGGAUAUGAAGGACGAAGAAGAGAUGAAAGAGAAUAACAAUAAUGAGAAGGAAAAAGAGGAAAAUGAAGACAAAGAAGAGAACAAAAAAGACAAAAAAGAUGAAGAGAAAGAAGAAAAGGAAGUAAACAAAGAUGAUAAAGAGAUGUCUGAAGAAAAUAAAGAUGAGGAAAAGAUGUUGGAGGAGGUGAGGAAACAAAGAAAGGAGGAAGAAGAAGAAGAACAAAGUGAUAUACUAGAAAGUGAAUACCAGGAGAUAAUUGAGUGGAUAGAACAAAUAGAAAACCAGGAAUUCAAAAACAGAAAUGAAGACGAGGAGGUAUUUGAUGAAGAAGAGAAAGAGAAAAUGACCAAUACGGAAGAAAGAAACAGCAACACAUGGACGAAGAAAGAAGAAAGAAAAGAAGGGAAAGAAGAAAAAGAAGACAAAAUAAAUCAAACUAAUGAAGAAAGAGAAUUGAAAGAAAUCUUGAAUAAUCUACUCCACGUUGGAAAUCUACCUCUCUCUGGCUCUUCCUCCUUUCCUUCCUCCUCCUCCUCCUACUUCUCCUCCUUUCCCUCUCGUGUGGUAGCUUACGUGGACAACAUCCCUUUUAGCCAGGUGACUCAAGAGCUCCAAGAAACCUGAAUUUACCUGUUAAUGAACCCGAUUUACCUGAAAGGGCUUUGAGAAUUACCUGAAGACUAUUUCGAAUGACCACGAAUCCCAAAAUUAUAUUAAAGAGCAACAAAAAUAUAACCGCACACAGUUAAUAUUAGUUAAUGUAGUUAAAACACUUUAUAAUCAUUGUUUUGAGUAUCAUGGAAACUGGAUUUUAAAGGGAACUAGACAAGGGAAGGCAUUAGGGUCUGGAUGGUACUGUUAAGGUGUUAAUUAGGUUUUUUGAAAUACCUGAGUAAGUCGUAUUUUUUGUAUAACUAAGGUGGGAUUUCCAUUUACCUGUCUGUCUGUCUGUCUGUCCGGUGUGAAGGGUGAUAUUAUAAUCGUCUGUGUUCAUCUGUUAGUCAAUAUACACGUUCCUUUUUAAUGUGGUGAAGGAAGCCUGCACAAUCUGUUUCCAUGGGUUCCUGUUCAAGAGUCUGUUAAGUGUGCGUCUGUCUGUCUGUCCGGUGUGAAGGGUGAUAUUAUAAUCGUCUGUGUUCAUCUGUUAGUCAAUGCGUUCCUUUUUUUUUGUAGUGAGGAAGCCUGCACAAUCUGUCUCCAUGGGUUCCUGCUCACGAGCCUGUUAAGUGUACGUGUGAGAAUAAGUCCUGUCAUGCUAAAGAAGUGUGUGCAUGCAUUAGUUUACAGUGAAGGAGGCAACUGAAAGGCAGAGUAAAGGAUGCAAAAAGUCACUGCUGGUCUUGAAAAUAGUGAACAGUGAAAUUUUCGAAACGGAGAAGCCAGGAUUAUUUGAAAAGGUGUCUUGAUGCAUAUAAAUGAUAAAAGAAAUAGAUACAUAAAUCAUUAGUGAGGAUUGAUCAUUAAAUACUAUGUAGUGGAUUCAAAGAGAGUUGGAUUCUCUUUAUCAUACAUUUCGAUUCCUUAUUCUUACACGCAGUUUGUAUCACCCACACCCAUAUAGAUGCUAGACACAGAGGCUUUUUAUGUUAUGUUGUGUGUGUGUGUGUGUGUGUGUGUGUGUGUGUGUGUGUGUGUGUGUGUGUGUGUUUACCGGGCAUUAUCUUUAA